UUGCCCUGCCAGUGAGGGAGAGUUCAUGAGAGCAGAUGCUGCUGCAAGCUGCCUGUCUGCCAACAUAAAGAAUGUGUUCCUUUUUCUUGACUCAUACGUUUAUAUGCGUGACUUUGAAGUGUUUUUCCUCCAGUGGGAACUGGGCCAGUCACCAUGGAUGGCCAUGUCUGAGCCAGCUGAGGCUGGAGUGUCUUCUGGAGCCACCUGGAACACUGCUGUCCUGUGUGUGUAGCAGCCCCGGGUCUCAUGGGGGAGCCUGAGAUACUGGGGCUCAGUGCCAACAUGGUAAAGGCAUGGAUGCCCCCGCGCCCCAGCCAGGGACCCUGUCCUCAGGUGGCACCAGUGGUAUCCAUGGUUCUCCCUAGGCCGCUGUUCUUGGCUUGGCAAGGAUGGGCAAGUCCAGGAGAACUUUUAACUUCAUACUUACAUCUUUUUUUUUUUUUUUUUUUUGCUGUUGUUUUUAAGGAUACUUUUCCUAACCCUAACCGCACAGCAUUCAGCUCCAGGUGACCUGGCUGGUUUCCUGCUGGCAUCUCCAGUGGAACCUGCUGAUUCAGAUGCCCUUGACUCCAAGGCUGAGGCAGAGGCGCCCCGGCAUUAGGGCUGGAUGGUAGAGUCCCAAACUGAAGUCUGACUCGUUCUUGACUGAGAGCCCUCAGUCUAGUCUAGGAAAUUCAUUUCCUUGGAACAAAACAUUUUUCUGGAGGUUGUGGGGGGGUGGGGCAGAAGCCUGAGAACUUAAAUUUCUUUGCUCUGGGUCUUACGUGGAAGCCAUGCUGGGGGCAGGCGAUAUCUGAGGGCGCACUGGCUGCUGGCCAGGGCCUCUGUCCCCACCCCUGUCCCCCUGGCAGCGGCUGGCUGUGCCUGUUGCUGGGGUUCUGGAGUCUUAUUUACUGACUAUCUGGUUACCUCUCAAAGGUCAGGACGGCGCCUGAGGCCCUGCUGGGCGCUGGGUGCACGUGGCUGCAUGGCUUUGGAAACAGGUUUAGGAAUUUGGCUGUUGGUGGCCCGAGGCAGGCUGCUGUGAGAGUGUCCCGUUAUUCUUACCUCCUGGGACCUGGGCCAGAUUGCAGCCCCGCUUCCCUGUAAGGGGCGUGCUCCAUGUUUGGUGGGGAGCACUGUGGCUGUGGGAGGGGUAGCCAUGGAAGACACCUUCAGGGGCUGAGGGCCAUUGGCAGGCCAGGCCCCACUCCAGGUGGUACCACCCUGGAAGUCACAGCCUGUCAGCAUGGAGGGCAAUAGAAGGUGAGGAGCAGCCUGGAAACUGGGCAUCGGGCAACUGCAUAGAGCUGGUGGUAUGGAUGCUACAGGGAUUCAGGAGGCAAGAGGGCAACCUGGGCGACUUCCACAGGCCCCAGGCUGGUUUGUACCAAAGUGACUGGGCCGGGUCUUUGAAAUUUCCUGAGCAGCCAGGUCCCCAACAGUGCGGAGGCUCAAGCUGGCCUGUUGACCGCUGACCUCAAGGCAGUGGGAACCAACAUCCCCUUGAAUAUUGGCUUGUGUUGCGCUGGCUCAGUAGGGGGAGGGGCCAUGUGAGGCGGCUCAGCGGGCUGCCUUCCCAGGCUGGUAUUUUGGUUGGUGUGACAGAACCUGAGAGUCAUCUGCCCUCCCUUGCCCUGACUCUCCCCUGCGAGGGAGCUCUACUAUAAAGAGGGGAACAGCCCGCCAGACUGUGGCGGGGGCGCGUUGAACGGGGGGACCAUGGACUUCAUCAGCAUUCAGCAGUUGGUAAGUGGAGAAGGAAUUGGAAGGAAAGCAUUGGGCUUUGGUCACGGAGCUCCUGACCCUGGAGGUGGGCCUAAUGACUGGAGACUGGGACCCCAUGAGGCUGUGGCCCGGGAGAAGCUGAAAUCGGAAGAGGAGAAGAAGAAAAAACUGGAAAGAUUUAACAGCUCCAGGCUCAAUCUGGAGACUCUGGCGGAUUUGGAGAACUUGGUUCAAAGACGGAGAGAAAAGCGACUGAAACUGAAGCAGAGAGUCCCCCCCAGAGAACCUGAGGCCCAGGUUAAGCAGCCACCACCAACCGAGACCCCACUGGAGCCGGUGGAUCUGGACAGGUUCCUGAAGGCAGCUGCCGAGAACCAGGAGGCCCUGAUUGACAAAUACCUGACGGAUGGAGGGAACCCCAACGCCCAUGACAAGCUCCACCGCACGGCCUUGCACUGGGCCUGUCUGAAGGGUCACAGGCAGCUGGUGAGUAAGCUGCUGGCGGCAGGAGCUGCUGUGGAUGCACGGGACUUGCUGGACAGGACCCCUGUGUUCUGGGCCUGCCGUGGAGGACACCUGGACAUCCUCAAAGAGCUGCUUAACCAGGGGGCUCAGGUCAAUGCCCGGGACAAGAUCUGGAGCACCCCCCUCCAUGUGGCCGUGCGCACAGGGCAUUCAGAUUGCCUGGAGCACCUCAUAGAGUGUGGAGCCCGGCUUGACGCACAGGACAAGGAAGGGGACACAGCACUCCACGAGGCUGUGCGGCAUGGCCACUACAAAGCUAUGAAGCUACUGUUGCUCUACGGAGCCAAGCUGAGCAUGCAGAACGCAGCUUUCCUGACUCCAGUGCAGCUGGCACGAGAUUGGCAGCGGAGCAUUCGGGAAGCACUACAGGCCCAUGUGGGGCACACCCGCACCCGGUGCUGACCACUAUGACAGACCUGUAGGGUCGCUCAACACCAUUCCAUCCCUCCCACAUCCCACUUUUUAGUUCCUGCCCCUGUCCCAAGUCCCCUGGUGAGGCUGUGCUUCCUCAGGUAGCCCCACUAGGGCUGAGGAACAGCUCUGAGCCCUGCAGGUAGAGGACAGACCUCCCUGGCUUUGGAUGCUGGAGCUGAGACAGGCUGUGGCAGAGGACUGGAAGGUGGCAAAAUGGGGCCAUAAGAGGGCAAGGGGAGUGCAGUGGGAGCGGCUCUGGUUGGGUGCUUGGCAUCCUCAGUGUCCGCCAACAUGCAGGCCAGGUUUGCCGCAGCCCAUUGGCCAGUGGUAAUAGCUGCUUUCCAGGAAGUAAUGGAUGACUCACGCAGGCUUCCUAGGUGUCAAGCAGUGUAAGCUGGCCAGCAUCAGUGGACAUGCUUUCUCCAGGCAGCUCCAGCCUGGCAGCAGCAGCCCUGGUCAGGUCUGGAGUGGCUCUGGAACUCAGUCUUGGGGCCUCUGGAGUUGGGUUGUGGUUUUCUGCAGGGUCUUCUCAACGAGUUUGCCCCCUAGAAGGCCAGGACCCACCAGGCUGCCUCAGGAGUCCUAGACUGAGGAGCCAAAGCUGAGAUUCUGGGGAAAGCUUCACCCACUGACUACAAGCCUCAGUCCAGCUGCCUCCUGCACCGUUGGGGUGGAGAUGAAGGGCCUUGGUGCUGGGGAUUGCUUGUGGCCCACUCAACUUGUGGGGCGGUGGCCCGUAACCCUGGUUUCCUUCAGUCUUUUCACCCACCCCACCCCUGUACUGGAGCUUGAGUGCCAGCCUGCAGCUUGCUAUUGCAAGCCAUCCCCAUCCCACCCUGGAGGUCAGGCCACAGACCUCUGGUCCCACCUGCUGACUGUGGUGUCAUGAGGACCUCAUCUCCCACAGGGUCUGUCAUCUUCAUCUUCCACUGUCCUUUUUAUGUCAAAUCUCAUGGGUGCAGACUACUAACUGGCAAGGCUGGGUCCUUUAGUGCCAGGAAGUGAAUCCUACAAAGCUCUGUUCUCAUCUGAGACCACAGGCUGAGGGAACGGCUAGCAGAUGAAGGCUUAACCACCCUCACCUGGUCCUGGCUUACGUGAAGCAGCUGGGUUGAUGUCCCUUCUGCAGCAGUUCCUUUAGUGUGAUGCUGGUGGCCUUCCCAGCCCAAGAACAAGGCUGUGCUGUUGCUGUGUGGAACAGCUCAGCAGUGCCCUGCAGCAAGAGCCACAAUCCUCCCCUUGGGCAGUUUGUGCCCAUGCCGACAGAGCCAGUGUACAGACACUGGUGCUAUGACCGAAACGGACACUCAAGACCAUAGACAAGAAAAGUCCUCAUCUAGGAAGUGAGGAUAUUUACAGACACAAUACAUACCUUUUUAUACACAUCAGUGCCUUCAGUUCAUUAAAUCUAUUAACUAUCCAGUAUAGUCUACCUGUCUUCUCUAGGCUGGAAGGAGCCUUACUGUCCUCAGCACCAGAAAUCAAACCUUAACCAUGCUGGUCCGACAAGAGAAGCCACCAGGUGUGAGGUGGCAGGAGGGUCCCAGCACUGGGCUCCUAUGCUCAGGGUGCCUCUGGGCACUGGUAGACAAAUGCACAGAGAGCUGGUCCUCAGCCUCAGCUACUCAACAAUCACCAGGGUCUCAUGUCCAGACUAAGUCAGAAAUCCUCAAGAUGAGUAUAGCUUUGUUUGUGUACAUAAGAAAUUGUAAAGGAUCUACACAAAAAUCUAUACACCCAACUAGGAUAAGGGUAAGAUCUCAGGACACAAAAAGGCUCUUUCUAGCGACCAACAAGGAGCACAGGGACACACAAAGACAGUACCAUUUAUAGUUACCUCAAGAAGGAAACAACUAGGCUUAAAACAAAAGGAACUGUAGGCUAAAAUCUAUAAAAUCCCAAAAUUUCAAGAAAUGGAGAGGUAUACCACGUUCAUGGACAGUCCUGUUUCCCCUUGCCCAACCUGAUAUAGGUUUUAGCAGUUCUCAUCAGAAUACCAGUGAGAGUUCUGUGAUUGUGGACGUUAUAUUUAAAUUCAUUUUUUAAAAUGUAUCUAUAACAACUCUGAAAAAGAAAGUAGAAAGAGGUAUUAGUUUCAAGACUUAGACCAAAGGAUCAGCAGACAACUCAAAAAGGUCCACCCAGAUAAGCCCAGCUGACCUUGACCAAUGUGAGAAAAGACUGGCUUUUCAACAAAUGGUGCCAAAGCAGUUAGACACCUAUAGGCUGUGAGGAAAAGAAACAAAACGAAACAAAAAAUGGGCAGAGUUAACUCAAAAUGGACCACAAACUUAACUGUUAACACAUAAAACUUUCAGG